AUGUUCCAGGGUGCUGUAAUGAUAAAAACUAAUCUUGGUUGUCCAGGUGGAUACGUAUGCAGAUAUAUGAUAGAAAAGCCAUGUGAAGUUUACACUGAUAUAAAAAAUUUUCCCAAAAUAUUAAAUAAUGUUAUAUCUAUAAUAUAUGUUAAGCUUGAAAUCAUUGAAACAAUGAAAAUUAUAGAUAAUCAAAAAGUGAUGAUAAUAUGCAACACUGGAAAAAUAAAAGUAAAAAAUAUAGAUAUUGAGAUUCCUGACUGUCACCCGACACCGAAAAAAAAAACAGCACAUCGUUCCUUACGUCCAACAACACCGUAUAACGAACAUAUUGAUAAAAAAAGAGCAAGAUUAAUCUAUCAAUCUCGUAAAAGAGGAAUAUUAGAAACAGAUUUAUUAUUAUCAACAUUUGCAAAAAAGUAUUUAAAUGAAUGUACAGAACAAGAAUUGAAUGAGUAUGAUGAAUUAUUGAAUAUACCGGAUUGGGAUAUUUACUAUUUUGCAAUUGAUCAGAAGCCUGUACCUGAACGAUGGAUCAAUAGCGAGGUAUUUAAAAAAUUGAGGAUGCAUGUAAAAAAUAAAGGAAAAGAAAUCUUAAGAAUGCCUGAUUUGUAUUAG